AUGUUAUCACUCUUUAAGAAUUUAUUCGGAUUCGGGAAGAAGAAGAAGGAUGAGUUGAAAAUAACGGUGAUGCUUAUUGGUUUGGAUAAUGCUGGUAAAUCAACAUUCUUAGCCUCUCUUAAGGGACAUGCGGAUUUUAAACCAAUGCCAACUGUUGGAUUCAACAGAGAAGUGUUGAAACAUGAACAUUAUGAAAUUACAUAUUUUGAUGUUGGAGGUGGUGCAAAUAUUAGAGCCAUUUGGCCAAAUUAUUUUCCAUCAAUUCACGGAGCUAUUUUCGUUAUUGAUUCUGCAGAUGAAAAAAGAUUGGAAGAGUCUCGUCAAACACUUGUGGACAGUAUAAAGCAUCCAUACUUUAAAGGAAAACCUCUCCUAUUAUUGGCAAAUAAGCAAGAUUUACCGAAUUCAUUAGAGCCUUCAGAAAUUUCAGAACGAUUACAAUUACACGAGUUGACCGAAUAUGUUUCCAGUUUCAACAUUUUGCCAUGUAUUGCUAAAAGAGAAUUGACGAAGAAUAAGACUGACGAACAUAUAGUGAAAGGAUUGGAUUGGCUCAGUAGCCAAAUUGAAAAGGAUUUAGAAACCUUAUGUUCAAGAAUUGAAAAGGAAGAAAAAGAAUUUGAGGACGAGGAAAAGAGGCUUGCUGAUGAAAAAUGGGAGAGAGUGAGAAAGAUGAGAGAAGAAAGAGCAAGACAACAAGAGGAAGAAGAAAGGAAAAAGAAAGAACAGGAAGAAGAUGAAAAAUCAUCUAAAAAGAGUAAUAAAGACUGA